AUGUCGCUGCCACAGACAGACGAUGAGGAGGACGAUGUCGAGGCGGGGUCCAUGUACGAGUUUGAGGAGCCGGCGGUCGACCCGACAGCGCCUAGGGCGCGCAGCGCCGGCAUACCGACACCCGGCUCCACCGCCGCCGCCGCGCUGCCUUCGGCGCAGCCCAAGGAGGCCGGCGGGUGGCGAGCCUGA